AUAGUUGGACUUAAAAUUUCAAAGACAAGUGGACAACAAUUUGUAGUUGGUGCCGAGGCUUCAGCGACUGAAUGCAUCACCGCAUAAAAAUUACACAUUUCACUUUCACUCUCACCCACCCACGUAUUCAUCCAAAAAUUUUCCAUUGAUGAAGCUCAGAUGAGAUCAUAACCUCCUGCAAAUCCAAUCACAAUGUCAUCAUUAUCUUCUUCUUCCUCAAAGAAACAAGCCCUUUUCAUUACUUCCCUUAUCAUCCUCUGGUACUCCUCAAACAUUGGUGUUUUGCUUCUCAACAAGUACUUGCUCUCUAACUAUGGUUUCCGGUUCCCAAUCUUCCUCACCAUGUGCCACAUGUCUGCUUGUGCCAUUCUCAGUUACCUCUCCAUUGUUUUCUUCAAGAUGGUUCCUCUUCAGCCUAUCAAAUCCAGGCCUCAGUUCUUCAAGAUUGCAACUUUGAGUGUUGUCUUUUGUGGGUCUGUUGUCGGUGGCAAUAUUUCGCUCAGGUAUUUGCCUGUUUCCUUUAAUCAGGCUGUUGGUGCUACGACCCCCUUUUUCACUGCGGUCUUUGCUUACUUGAUGACCUUCAAGAGGGAGGCUUGGGUUACAUAUGCUGCUCUUGUGCCUGUUGUUGCUGGUGUUGUAAUUGCUAGUGGGGGUGAGCCAGGUUUUCACUUGUAUGGAUUUAUUAUGUGCAUAAGCGCAACUGCUGCAAGGGCCUUUAAGUCUGUUCUUCAGGGCAUCCUGCUUUCUUCUGAGGGAGAAAAGUUGAACUCGAUGAAUUUGAUGCUGUAUAUGUCCCCUAUUGCAGUUUUAGUAUUGUUGCCUGCAGCACUUGUAAUGGAGCCCAAUGUGCUAGAAGUCACUCUAUCUCUCGGAAGGCAACAUAAAUAUAUGUGGGUACUGCUGGUUCUUAAUUCAACGAUGGCCUACUCAGCUAACUUGUCAAAUUUUUUGGUCACUAAGCAUACAAGUGCACUAACACUCCAGGUGUUAGGCAAUGCAAAGGGUGCUGUGGCUGUUGUUAUCUCAAUUUUCAUCUUCAGGAAUCCUGUAACAUUCGUGGGGAUUGCAGGUUACACAAUGACUGUUGCUGGGGUAGUUGCUUAUGGAGAAGCAAAGAGAAGAUUUAGAUGAAUGAUCUUCCAGAUCUCCCAUUUUUAUUUAUUUAUUUUUGUAUUCACAUAGAAGUUAGUGAAGCUAUGUGAUGCAGAUCAUCAUAUUUUAUUUUGAAGGGGAGAGAGAGAGAGAGAGAGAGAAUUGCAUUAUUGUGUUGUAUUUACCAUACAUACAAGCAUAUGCUGCAGUGUAUUCAAUUGUAUUCUGAUUCAGUGUUUUAGUUGAGACAUA